AUGGCGGACUCUCCAUCUUCGCAAAUACCUGCAGAAGCUGGGAGUAGUAUCAAUGUCGAUAACCCCAUAAAACCAUCUCACUUAUCACCUUCCGCCGUUAAUUCGGCACCGAUACAAAACCAAGCUGAAUCUUCCGCUCAAGCUCAAAGUCAAGAACAAUCAGCGCCUACGGCUUAUACUCCCGUGUCAUCAGAAGUGGUCCCUCAGUUCGCACCAUAUGUUCCUAAUGCAAAUGGUAAUGGAAGAAGAAGUAGUACUGGUCCUGGCGCGGUCAAGAGUGUUAAUGGACAACAUAGAAGUGUGGGCCCCGAAUUGUCGACUCCCUCAAAACUAGCUCAAGCUUCAGGAGGGUCAUUCGUCCCGACCGGUGAACCUCCAUAUAUACCACCUCCAGAUAUAGUGUAUCCGCCCGAAAGAAUACCAAACCCAUUCUGGGGAGAUAUGUCCCCUCAGCCUAUCAUAGAAAAUUUCCCUGCGAACACACUGUACAGACCUCAAUACUUGCCGUCGGAUAUAGAUGAUAGACUGGAUAAGAGGAGUGUUUGGAUAGGGGUGGAAAAGGAUUCUGCCCGCGCUGUUUACUUUCUGCCGCCGACCUGCCAAUGUUGCAAGAAUCCUGCAGUCGCUCAACAUUGUGAUCGAGGCUGGCCAAAAUGCGCUCGUUGUAUAAGUCGAGGUGUAACAUGUAUCCCUGGCAAAGCAUGGGGUAUGAUGCGACCUAAAGGAAAACGACGGAAUCUGAAAGCUGAAGCUUCGAAACCCAAAACAAUUGCCAACAAGGUGUCAAGCACCGCAAGAGCUCGUCCGCCUGCACCUACCACCGCUUCAACAUUGGGCGCAGGUGGAUUUUCUUCGGCGGAAAAGGGGAAAGGUAAAGCUACGGAACUACCUUAUGUCGCUCCUCCACAACUUCCCGCUCUUCCCAACGAAGCCCGUUAUCCCUCUACAAGUCUUGAAACUCAAAUACCUUUCGAUGAAAUAUCGAGCACGAGAAAACGAAGGUUGUCUUCGGCCGCAGAAGCAGAUACGAAGCGAACGAGACGCAAAUCAAAUCGAGAUUCCAUAGGUCCUUUACCUUCUUCUUCAAACCUUCCUAUGACACUAAUGGAUCAAGCUUACUUCUCGAGAUUGGAAGUCAACGCCAGGAGACCACCUUUGAGCGACAUGAAUGGUCCCUGUCCUGUCUGGGCAAAAAGUAGAAGAGCAUUACAAGUCGCAGCAGAAUAUCUUCGUGAACCGAAGAAGACCGCUGGGGCCAGUGUAGAAAUUGGUGUAGGAGGAAUUGCCAGAGGUGUUAUACUGGAAGGAAAGGUUAUUGGAGCACAAGGUGUAUUCUGGGGUAAAGGCAGAGAGGCAGGUACCAUCGUUACCGCAAUUGGGCAUCCUCGACGACAACAAUUUGUUCGACAUCUAAUGACCGAUGAUUCUCGAGAAGCGAGCCCUCAACCCACUGAACAUUCCACUGAACCCUUCCCCCGUUCGUCUACGCCUCCACUUAAUAUUCUGUCCACCGUCUACCGCGUGAAGUCAUUUGCUUUAUCCGCGGUCAACGCAUCAGAGCGAUUCUGGGCCGAGAGUAAACCUGUCUCCCUGGAGCCUACACCGAAUGAAUCCCCUGAAGUAGCUGCACUAUUGAUGGCACAAAGGGCCAGAACACCUGUCGCACUCGCCAUCGCUCAGGAUUAUGAUGCAGUACCUUUCAAGGUCCCUAGACCGCUCAUAGUCUUGGGCUGGUUCUGGAUAGCAGAUGCAUGGCUCGAACCUGUCAUGCCGGAUCUCGAACUAUUCACACUUCCUCAGAGAGCACCAUCUGGGCCUCCUGAAAGAGUCAUAUGGAAAUUCAGAUUUGAAUGGUGUACCGGACGAAAUCAGGAUGUACCAUGGUGGAGUUCUUCGCUUGAACCUAAUCGACCUGUACCCAACCCCUUCCAGCCUCAACAACCUAUCGGAGAUCAUGAAUGGACUGUCAGUGGACCAAGUCAUACUGGCCCGACGACUGUCUCGCCUCCUUCGCGGGAAGAAGAGAUGAGAUGCGAUCGUAGAGUCAAGCAUAUAUGCGAGAACUGCCACUAUAUUUCUACGAGAGUAUAUGUCUACGGAGAUAUCUGUCUGAACGAAGGUUGUCCAUGGUUCUUCGGGGACACUUCGAGUGUAUUAAAUCGUAUCGGACCUCUGUCAAAUCGACCAGCUCCGCUUCAACCUAAAGCGCGCAUCUUACCAGAAACACUACGUCUCGAGCUUCGACCUGCCGAACCCUCUGGUAUAAGUCAUGAAACCACACAAGCAGAUGUUGGAAGGGAUUUCUGGAGAGGCUGGGUAUGCAAGAAAUGCGGCUUAGCGCAGGAAAGAUAUAAAUGGGUAGGAUGGUGCUGUGAAGCUUGUGGACACUCGAUUCAACCACCGCGACGUAUCUACACCGCUGAAGAUCUGCGGCGCCCUUCACGUCCGGUAUGUGUUUCCUCACGUCAAGAUGACGGUUAUGCUUCUUUCCCGUACAGGGUCGAUCGCUCAUGGUCACUCUUUGAUAACAACAUAAAGGUUAUCAAGCAUUCUCUCGAUUCUUCUUUGUUUGGAGCAGGGAAUGAAGUGCAUCAUGUCCUAGCGCAUGAAGGAAACGAUGUCAAUAAGAUCGCUGGUGCUAUUUUUAAGGGUUUACAAUCACAGGCAGAGAAUGAGCUGCCUUUAAGGCGAUUUGCAAUCUCUCCAACGAGUAGAAAACCCGUGGACAUAUUUUUAUCACCUUUCUACACCUAUUUAUGUGGAUCAGACUCAACCCCUCUGCCUGCAUUUCCUACCAACCGAUCAAUCCAUUGGCAAAAUGUCCCUCCGAUAUGUUUAGAAGCAAUCGAUCUGAUCAAUGAAAGAGCUGGAAAGAUGUUCUCGGAGCAAUCAGAAUUCGGUAGCCUGCUGAUAGCUGCCAAUCCGCCUAACCUGCCUAAUAGUCUCACACCGAAACUGGUCGUGGAAUCACAUGCUUACAUGGCGCUUCUCUUCUUGGGGUCCGACGGUACCAUCCGUGUCAAGCCAUAUAGUGGGAAAGGGAAACAAGGGGAAAUAACAGUACAGCAUGGAGACGUGAUAGGGAUCAAAGGCGGCGAAGAAGGAAUCGAAGUUUCCAUGAAGAUGGACAACUUCGGGUUUUUCUGCAUUGCUCGUCAUAAUCGUCCAGCCGAACUCCUGCCUCCACAAACUGCAACGUCCGAUUCCCGCUUUUCUUCUGAUAGUUUCCCACUUCACCUGCGUAGCGAUUCCCAUCCUUCAUCAUCGAUAGAACCGCUAUCAGCUACCUUUGCAACUUUCCAGGAAACCUUCCAAAAUUCAUCAUCCAAUGACCAUCAAACCAGUCCUCAAGCUGUUUUUGAAGCAGCUUCUCAACACCAUAAUACACCUUUAUUCGGACCAAAAAAGUCACGUCCUCGAGCUUCUGUAGUACCUCCUCCACCUAAGAAUGUCAAGCCAGAUGAGAUGCCAUUAGAUGAUUGGUAUAUCGGUGGAUAUCCAUUAAGUGAUAAUCAACCUUUGAGGGUAUUCCCGCCCUACCGCCCUCGACCCCCAUCAAAGGAAGAUGACGACCAAACCGAUAAAGAUAAGAAAUCAAUGAUAUUCUUAGAUGAAAUGCCUUCAUAUAAUCAAAUCGAUCCACCACCGUUAUCACCUUUACCGGGAUAUGACGAUCUAGAACCUGAACCACCCGUUCCAGUCCCUAUUCCUGCUGUCCAAAGUCAGAAUAAAAAAGCUACUCCGUCAAAUAAGAGAGCUAAACCUACUCCAAUUAGCACGCCGACGACGAGUGGGAGGAAGAAGGGACCUAGAGCUAGCCUUAGUGCGACCCCAGUAGGAAGCGUUAUCGAUCCUGAAGAAGGUACUCCCAGUGUUAAAAGUUCAGGAACCACAAGUGCAAGAGGUGGUAAAAAGCCCAGAGCGAAAGGACGAAAAUCUCUGGUAUAA